AUGCGACUAUACCAUCUCUUCCUACUCCUCGCCAUUUUUUACGGCCUUGGAGCUUGCGUCUCAUUUACAUCGUCCCGGGAAGAGGAGCCCUUUCGAGAUGCCCUGUGCGGUCCGCGGUGGGGAAGUGUUCCAGCGGCACCUGCUGCUCGAGUUCAGCACUUGUAUCCAGUACACGGGAUAAAAGGCUCACCAGAAACUGCAGGCUUUUGCGGGACAAGCAAGGCGCACUGCCGCUCCCCAGAUUGCAUGAUAGAUUACGGUCACUGUGAUGCUCAUGAAAAGCCCAAGGGCCCUCCUACCAAAGACAUCCCUCGGCCUCAUCUCGGCCUUGUCCCAUAUGGCCCCACGGAGAUCCGUUCGUGCACUGUGCCCGGAACGGUGGCCUUGACAUUUGACGAUGGUCCGACUCAAUAUACUGGCGACCUUCUCGAUCUGCUUGACAAGUACGAAGCACCUGCCACUUUCUUCGUCACUGGAAUCAACAACGGCAAAGGUCCGAUUGAUGAUGAAUCUCUGCCUUGGGCCUCUUUGAUCGAUCGCAUGAUAUUGAGUGGUCAUCAGAUUGCCAGCCAUACCUGGUCUCACCAGGACUUGAGCAAGGUCACACCCGAACAACGUACAGAACAACUGGAAAAAAACGAAGCGGCUCUUCGAAACAUUAUGGGUAGCUUCCCAACCUACAUGCGUCCGCCUUAUUCCAGCUGUCUUCCACGCUCUGGUUGUCGUGAAGAUCUUGGUAAAAUGGGCUACCACAUCGUCCUCUAUGAUAUCGAUACGGAAGAUUACAAAAACGACGACCCCAACUCGAUUCAGCGAUCGAAGGAUAUUUUUGAUGGAGCGAUAUCGACCGGCAGCCCUCACACCAAAUCGUGGCUCGUGAUCGGCCACGAUUCCCAUGAGCAAACUGUAUACAAUCUCACCGAACACAUGUUGCAAACAAUCACGCGACUAGGGUAUCGUCCUGUUACGCUGGGCGAUUGCCUGAGUGAUCCACGUAACAAUUGGUAUCGGCAGGAUUUCAGUUGGUCCGGUCGUACGUUUCCGUAA